GCCGAGCCCCCGCCGCCGCCGCCGCCAGGCCAUGGGGGUGCUGCACUGCACGCGGGAGCCGGUGCCGGAUGCGGUGCUCGCCGACAUGCAGCAGCUCAGCCAGCUGGGCGCGCAGCAAUUCUCUGCUCUGACUGAAGUACUCUUCCAAUUCCUGCGAGAACCUAAAGAGGUGGAAAGGUUCCUGGCUCAGCUCUCUGAUUUUGCCACCGCAAAUAAAAUGAGCCUCGGCCCACUGAAAAGCAUCGUCAGAAGCCUGCUGUUAGUUCCCAAUGGUGCGCUGAAGAGAACGCUGUCGGCGGAGCAGGUCAGAGCAGAUCUUAUCGCCCUGGGGCUGAGCGAGGCGAAGGCCGGCUGUUUUGAAAAGCAGUGGAAGGAGAACGCUCCCGCCCUCUCACGCCUGGCCGUGGGGCAGACCCUGGUGAUCAACCAGCUUGCGGACAUGGAGUGGCGGUUUGGUGUCACGGCGGCGAGCAGCGAACUGGGGAAGGUGGGAGGCGUCUUCCUACAGCUGAAGCUGGUGGUUAAAAAGGGGAGCCGAGUGGAGCCCGUGUACAUGGAGUUAACGCUGCCCCAGUUCUACAGCUUCCUUCACGAGAUGGAGAGGGCGAAGACGAGCCUGGAGAGCCUCAGCUGACGGCCUCCUGCCGUGCGGCUUCGUCUGCCCGGCGGCUGUGCAGCAACCGGGCCGGCUGGGAGGGGCAGGACCAUCUGGCCCCCAUUUGACGCGUCCCAGCAAUCCCGAUCCAGAAACGCUGCAGGCACCGCCACCUGGGAGGGGAUUGACCUGGAAAAACUCCCCGAAGUCCGGAACCCGCAUGGCCGGCUUUGUAAAAGGCUUGCUGGGCCCAGGCGCUCCCUGCACGGAUGAUGAGAGAAAACCCAACAGGCGAAAAAUAAAUAAAAUGGCAAAUGAGA